AUGGCAGCAGACUCUGCAGUCGCCAAAGCUCCCCAUGUUCCACAGCCCACAGUUGGAACAGCCCUGGUGAGGGUCCAAACUGCAUGUCCAGUUGUGGGCUGGGGUCUACCGGAGAGGAAACGGGGACCUCCCUGUCUCCCGCACGGCAUCGGGCUGGGCUCCACAGUGUGCGGGAAGCCCAGGGGCGUAGGGAUGAUCACUGGUGGCCAGGAGGCCGUGGAGGGCCAGUGGCCAUGGCUGGCCAGCCUGCAGUACCGGGGCAGUCAUCCCUGUGGAGCUGUGCUCAUUGAUUCCCACUGGGUGUUCUCUACCGCCCACUGCUUUCCAAAGAAGUCUCAUGCCCCUGAAGAUUACUGGGGGUUCGGGGGAAGUACGCAGCUCUACCAGGACACCCAAUAUGCCAGGAGGGUGACUGUGAGCUGCAUUAUCAUCCAUCCAGACUUUAAGAAGCUCCACCAUUUUGCAACGGUGUUACAACUGCACCAACCUGUGAACUUCAGCUCCUAUAUCAUUCCUGUCUGCCUUCCAACCCCUGGCAUGGAGCUGCCCCUUGGCACAUCUUGUUGGAUAACUGGCUGGGGAAAGCUCACCGGUGAUUCUGGAGGCCUUCUGGUCUUUGACUUCUCCAAGAGUUGGGUUCUUCUGGGGUUGGCCAGUUGGGGCCUGGACUGCCAGCGUCCCAUAUCCCUCAGUGUCUUCACCAGUGUUGCCCAUUUCAUCAAGUGGAUCGUCCAGAUCCAGAGACUUGUGCCUCUUCCUGUUUCCUUGUCUGCUCCUCCUGAGGUGAGCAUAUCUUCCCAGAUGAUGAUCAAUCUCUACCAUCCUUCAGAAACGAUAGGACAGGCCCAUAACGCAAAUGAUGGAAACAUCUCUGGAACCUGGAGGUCUGAGAUGCAGGGGCAGCAGGGCUGA